UGGCCGAGCUAAAAACAGGGGCUGCCUGUAUCUGGGAGCAGGAAACUGCCGAGGAGGAGAGGGUGGAUGGGUGGGGGUGAGAACAGAGAGGUAAUUGUAUAUGUAAGAGUGAGGCAACCCUAGAAGAGAGGUAGAAGCAGGAGAGAGGAGGAAGGGAGAGACGCUGUUCUUGGGAUGGGAGGACUGGGACAGGGGAAGAGAAGCAAGAAGAAAGAAGCAAUGAAGGAGAGUGCAGAGAUGUAUUGAGUGGUAUCGUCUGCUCAAAAACAGAUAGAAAUUAGUGCCUAGGAAAGUUUGGGUGUGUGAAACAAAGAAGAGAGGGGGUGGAGGCAAAAUCCACAUGUGAGUGCAGCAAGUUGGAAAGAGAGGUAAAAGUGUGUGGAGAAGGGAGGAAGGGAAACAGCAAGAGCAUGCAGAGUGUAUCCUUCCCUCUGUCCCCGUAGCAAGAGCCAGGAAAAGGGGAAGGUCCUCCCUGUCCUCUCUCUGCAGCUGACAAAAACAUCUGCCCAGAAGCCCGGGGCCGGACAGAGCGGGAGAGAGGACAGAAGAGAGGAGGAGGUUUAAAAAAAAAAAAAGGUCCAGCGGCCAGGAGCCGGUCACCUAUAUGGGUUGCGUCCUGAGUUCAGACUGGUGUGGGGAGGAAGAGGUGCAACCAGUGGUGGCUGUUGGCAGGAACCCAUCUCUGAAGAGAAGGAGUCUGGAGAGGAGUGAGAGCGCCAGGAUGAGGCUGACAAAGGGGGGGAAGGGAGAACCUCACGUCUUCAAGGAAAAGACCUUUAAGAAGAAGCGACAGUGCAGCGUGUGCCGACAGAACGUGGACAACGUUGGGUCUUUCUGCAGAGUAUGCAAGACAGCAACCCACAGAAAGUGUGAGGCAAAGGUCACCUCGGCAUGCAUCCCAGCUCCCACCAAUGAUCUGCAGCGUCGAGGGACCGCUCCUUCUCGACACAUCCAGCACCUGGGGUCCACCAAGUCUCUGACCUACACCAAACAGAGGAACACCCUGCCAAGGAGCUUCAGUGUGGACCGUGUGAUGGAGAGAGUCAUGGAGCGCCACUACGACUUCGACCUGACCUACAUCACCGAGAGGAUCAUCUCUGUGUUCUUCCCCCCGAAGCUGGAGGAGCAGAGGUACCGCGUGAACCUGAAGGAGGUGGCGGCCAUGCUCAAGUCCAAACACCAGGACAAGUUCCUGCUCCUGAACCUCUCCGAGAGGCGUCACGAUAUCACACGACUAUACACGAAGGUUCACGACUUUGGCUGGCCAGACCUCCACGCCCCACCGCUGGAUAAGAUCUGUGCCAUAUGUAAGGCCAUGGAGACGUGGCUGACCUCUGACCCACAGCACGUGGUGGUCCUGCACUGCAAGGGCAAUAAAGGUAAAACAGGCGUGAUCAUCGCGGCCUACAUGCACUACAGCAAGAUCUCUGCAGGGGCGGACCAGGCUCUCAGUACUCUGGCCAUGAGGAAGUUCUGUGAAGAUAAGGUGUCCUCUUCCCUGCAGCCGUCCCAAAACAGAUACAUCUAUUACUUUGGGGGCCUUCUGUCGGGGGCCAUCAAGAUGAACAGCAGCCCUCUCUUCCUGCACCAGGUGCUCAUCCCGUCACUCCCCAACUUCCAGGGGGAAGGAGGUUACUUCCCCUUCCUGAAGAUCUACCAGUCCAUGCAGCUGGUCUACACUUCUGGCAUAUAUGACCUUCAGGGGACCGGAGGCAGGCGUCUCUGUGUGACCAUCGAACCUGCGCUGCUGCUAAAGGGCGACAUCAUGGUCAAAUGCUACCACAGGCGAGUCCAGAGCGCAGACAGAGACACGGUGUUCAGGCUGCAGUUCCACACCUGCACCAUCCACGGCUCCCAGCUGUGGUUUGGCAAAGGGGAGCUGGACGAAGCUUGUGUUGAUGAGCGUUUUCCCUCUGAUGCCACAGUCGAGUUUGUCUUCUCUUCUGGACCUGAGAAAAUCAAAGGUCGUGAGUACCAUAAGAACGACCCGGCAGUCACUGUCGACUACAACACUGCUGACCCAUUGGUCCGCUGGGAUUCCUAUGAGAACUUCAACGAGCGAUACCAGGACAGCCUGGAAGUAGACAUUGCCCACACCAGAGGUCCUGUAGAUGGCAGUCUGUACGCCCAGAUAAAGAAGCGUCGAGGUCCCGGCUCUGGUUCUCUCUCCUCAACCAAUGGCAGCAGCCCGGCGGGGGGCUUUGAAGAGGAUAGGUCAGAUCGUCUCAUCGCUCAAGGUUCUGACUCCGCCCUCUCAUCCAAUUCCCACCAUUUGCACCAAUCAUCCGUCCAUCCUGAGCGCAAGGAGGAGCCUGUUCGCCCGCUGCCCCCAACCAGACAGGAAAGAUUGGAGCUUGAACGUCUUCUGGGAGGGAUAGAGGGGAACCGGGAUGGAGAACGAGAGACCGCCAUCUUGGAUGAUGGAGAUUCUUUGCCGUCUGAGAGAACGGGCACGCUGAGGCUCAACCGGUCGUGUUCUUGCCGGGACGGUUACCGGUCCCAGCGCUGUGCGGAACCUGGGUGUGACCGCACCCUCCUCAUGCCUAAUGGUUACUGCCUGGAUCGCGCUCCCGGCACCAACGGGCACCACGGGGCGACUCCUUCUGCCAGCCCCAACCCGGCUGCUCCUCCGUCCCACAUGGAUCUGUGCCAGCACUACAGCCCCCAUCCCCACCAGACCCUCCCACCCCCAGAUCUGGUGUGGGACCGCCAGGCUGGCCCACCGCACUACAUGCACCGCUCCUGCUCGGAGACUCCCCCGUCUCGACACAUCUGCCCUUACCCAUCGCCAGACCUCACCCUUCACUCUCACAACCUCCCGCUCCAUCACCCUCUGUCUGCCCCGGGACGUCUCUGCUGUCGGGAAGACGACUACACUCCCUAUCAUCCCCCUCCUCCACCUCACAGCCUCCACCAUGCCCACCCCCACCACCCCAAACCCUCCACCAGCCCGACCUACCAUGACAUAAUGUUAAUUGACGGUAUGUCGCCCCCUGGAUGCCCUUGCAGCGGCAUCAGGAGAGAAGACUCAGCGGCCUAUCACAGCUUGAGGCUGGACCAAGGGGAAGGCUUCCACUGGGACAGAGAGGCGGAGCUUCAGCAAAGGGAGGUGGGGCUUAGGAGAGCCAGGGAGGCAGAGAUACCCAGAGGGUCAGAGCUCCACUGGGAGAGGGAUCCUGGGCUGAGACGAGGCAGAGAGUUGUCCCUCCACUGGGAGAGGGACAGGGAGGCCGAGCUUCUGUGGGAGAGGGACAGAGAGGCCGAAUAUUGGCACAGGAGGGCCACCGUAGCCUCCUAUGGUCCGCAGGGUCACGAUCUCCCAGCCUUCACGUUUGACCCCUUGCCAUCGGGUCACCCUGCUUAUCCAGAAGCGUCGAGGUCCAACGCUCACUCCCACCUGGACCUGAAGUACAGCAGCAGCAGCAGCGGAUACCAAACGCCCCGCCAGGUGUGCCCCUGCUCCCCAUACCAGCCCUCGCCGUCUGAAAGCAGGGGCUACGCCUCGGGGUACCAGUCCGAGUCCACGUCCCCGCUGCCCCCGGCCUCCUCCAUGACAGGGCCCUGCAGCCAUAGCAACGGGCAAGCAGAGCAUAACCACCACCACCAUCCGGACUCACAGCAGUCAUACGGCUCUGACUCACACACUGACGGCCUUCGUAGUUCCGGGGAAAGUGUGGGCUGGAGAGAUCACAUUACCCACGGUUCCUUUAAAAGGGUCCACAGAGACAACCACGCACCAUGCUCCACGCCGUCUGACAUGUCUGGACCGCCCACUCCUGUACACACCAGCAGCCCGCUACGCACACAGGAGAGGUGUAUAUUAUCCAACAACGAUAUCCAGAUACAAGUUGCAGGUUACGGCAAGAUGAACAUGGGCCCCAGUCCAGGAGGAAGAGAGUACGAGAUCCGGACCACAGACAUCCUCAGCAGUGACUACAAGGCCCCCCAGCCACAGGAGGGACACCAUCGUGCAGAUAUCAUCGCCCAAGAAUCCCUGGAAAGCCAAAGAAGCAGCACAGACCUGCCAUCGCUACCGCAGACAACCAAAGACACGCAACCACACACAGCCGCACCUGUUCUACCCCAGAACCACUGCACUGCACCCCCUGACCGCUCCCUCACUGCCCCCCAACAGCAGCACUGUAGCCCAAACACACCGUCAGCUUUGACGACGCAGAACACUUCUUCUUUUGAUUCUGCAACACUGAACACAUCAAACCAGGCCCUCUGCCAGGCUCCGUCAUCCCCUAUCCGUGCUUCGUCUGUACCGGGUACAACCCCACAACCUGGCCCCAUCACAGUCCAGGCCCCCCAUCCUUCAGAAGCUGCUGCUCUAGCGUCCAAUGGGGAACAGACAGUGCCCCCGACUCAGAGCCAAACCCAAGGCGCCAGACAGACCUCAGCACAGGUCAACGGACCUUCUCAACCAUCUCAACCAGAAACGGAAAAACCAAUGACCCCGAACACAACGCCUGCUCCUGCAUCUCCUAACAAAGCUUCAUCAUCACCCCCACAGCCGGCCUCCAGCAGCGGGGAGGGCUCCCCAAUCUCUGACACCCCAGUUCCGGGCUUUGCCACGUUGGGUAGGAGGUUGAUGUUGAGUGGGUCAGACCCCCAUCAUCCGAACCACAUCCAGCACGGACCCCAACACCACCACUACCCAGGCCUGGAGCAUAGCACUGCCGCACACUCCUCUGCACUGGGCACCAACAAGAGGCCCUGCUACUCAGCUCACCCCCCUCAGCUCUAUCCAUCCUCCUACUCCAACUAUUCCACCAUCUCCAUCCCGCUGCCUCACCCCCAGCCCCCUCUGCCAGAGAAGCGCCACCUCCCGGUCCAGCCAGGUUCCCCCAACGACAGCGUGGGAACUCUGAGGACAGCUGGAGGACACGUGACUCCCUCCAACGGCAGCACCACCCAGCAUCAGCACCAUGUCACAUUCUCUCCCACCGUGGGGGAGAUUGCAGCCCCAUUAGGCAAAAAUGAUGCAGCGGCGUCGGUGGAGAGCGAGAACAGGGUCAGUGUGAAGUUUGUCCAGGACAGUUCAAAGUUCUGGUACAAAGCUGGCAUCUCCAGAGAGCAAGCAAUUGCAGCCCUGAAGGAGAGAGAGCCAGGAACCUUCCUGAUCAGGGACAGCAACUCUUUCCAGGGGGCCUACGGCCUGGCCCUGAAGGUGGCUACACCCCCUCCCAAUGCAAACAACCACAACAGCAAGGUGAGCGACCCUCUGGAACAGCUGGUCAGACACUUCCUGAUAGAGACGGGCCCUCGGGGAGUCAAGAUUAAAGGAUGUCAGAACGAGCCCUACUUCGGGAGCCUGUCUGCAUUAGUCUACCAACACUCCAUCACGCCCAUCUCCCUACCCUCCGCUCUCAAGAUCCCAGAAAAAGAUCUGAUAGGAGAGGCUCCGGAGGUUCUCCCGGUGAAUAACAUCAGCACGGCUGCUGACCUGCUGAAACAAGGAGCAGCCUGUAACGUCCUCUACCUGAACUCCGUGGAAACAGAGUCUCUCACCGGCCCCCAGGCCAUUGCCAAGGCAACAGAUGCCUCCCUGGGUCGUAACCCUCGUCCCGCUGCCACCGUGGUCCAGUUCAAGGUGACAUCGCAGGGCAUCACGCUGACUGACAGCCAGCGCAGGGUUUUCUUCAGGAGACAUUACCCAGUGAACAGUGUAACCUUCAGCAGCAUCGACCCCAAGGACAGGAGGUGGACUAACUCAGACAACAAGGCUGUUAAGGUGUUUGGUUUUGUAGCCAGGAAGCCAGGCAGUGUGGCAGAGAACGUGUGCCACCUGUUCGCAGAGAUGGACCCGGAACAACCCGCCUCCGCCAUCGUCAACUUCAUCAACAAGGUCAUGUUGUCUCAGCGCCGAUAGAGGGACGAAAGAGACGGAAGCCAGAGCAGAUGGACAGUGGCAUGGAGAUGCAUAUAUAAAGCUUGUUAUGCACCGUAACGACUCAGUGAGAGUGUUUUCGGAGUGUAAAGACAUUUUGGAAAGGUAUGCUGGGUUUUCAUUACUCUGUCUGCUCCUAGAGGGCUGUUGGCAAUACAACACUACUUUUGAUUUUUCUCAUAUAGGAACUGUUGUGAAUCAAACUAAGCCAUGAUGUAAAGUGUUACAGCUCCUCCAAGGACAAGGAGGCUUCAGAGAAAACUUCUACAACAGUGGAUUUACAAGAACAAAUCGAAAUGUUCUGCGUCUAAGAGGGGCCUGUUUCAUGAAGAGAGACUGAGGGGGAAUUCAGCUAUCUUGGGCCAUAAGGCAUCAUGAAGCUAACCUACUCUUAACCAGGGUAGAACACCAUGGUUACCUGGUUACAGAGUUCAGAGAAUCAGAUUUAAACCCAUAGUCAGACCUCUUACACACAGUAUAAAGUGUACUUUUUUGUGUGGCCGAGCGCUUCAAGUUUUAAAAAACGGCUGGUAACGUGACUGUAGAAACUGGAAGAGAAGCUUGUUUUUGACUGUGUCUUUUAAAUAACCAUUUAGUCCCACAGUAGUAAAAGCUGCAAACUAUAAUAUUUGGACAUAAGAAUGAAUAUAUUGAUCAUUUGUGUAAUAUCACAAUUACCUUUUAGACAUCUUUAUUUUUAUAAAUGUCAUAUCAAAGGCCACAUAAUCUCACUUUUUCAGAUGUUCUAACCAAUCAGGAUCAGAAACGUCUGAAUCUGGUAGACCAGAUAUUUUGGAUUCUUAAACUUAUCUUACACUUUUGUUCCUUAAAUGUAGCUCUUCAAUAGUGAGUUGUAUUUAGAAAUAUUCAUGAAUUGAUUCUAAGGUUCCAGGAGCUUUUUGUUGUGGUUGUUACAGCUUCAUGAUACCAGUUUUCCAGAGUUACCGACUACGUUUAACUCACUUUGUGAAACAGGCCCGUGGUUGAAUACAACUUUUAUCAUGACUGAAGGAGCUUUAAAUGACACACACAUCAGACUGUGGGAAGAUAUUACAAAGAGGACAUUUCCUUGCACUGUUUUGGGGGUGAAAAGCCUGAACAUGUUCAACCAUUAAGACAUAGGAACUUCCUUUAAUAACAGAAUAUUCUGUUAUAAAGUGACCAAAGCCCUGAUAACAUUAUUACGUUUCUAUAUUUUGAGAUUUGCAGGUAUUGACAUGUAUGUACCGAGCAGUUACAGCCACUCUUGCCUUCAUUAUAACAGCUUUAAUCAUAACCGACAAUCACAUACACUUAUUACAUCGGAGCGAGGAAGAGACAUAACUCUCUGAUGAAAGUAAACAUGAAUGUGAGGUUUUUAACUUUUAACGAGUGUGUGUGCGAGGUAGUGGCCUGUGUGUGUAUGUGCGAGGUAGUGGCAUGCGUGUGUCGAGGGUAUUUCGGGUAAGGUUUUCGUUAACGUCCAUUUUUAAAGAUAUGUAUGUGACAUGGAGGGAAAAGCUAGAUGGGGAAGGACGUAAAGUGUUCAAACGCACCGUGUUACCAAAUUCAGUAUAAAACAUUAAGUUAACAAAGAGCAGGCCGGUAAACACACACAAAGCAAAGCAGUGGCCUAAAGACAGACGUACAUAACCAAAGACAAAGCACUCUUGUAUUAAUAAGCUUUUUAUCCUGCUAUAUUUUUGUACUUAUUGCUUCUUGUGUUUUUACUCUAUGCAUUUAUUUUAGUGUGUUGCCUUGAAACGUAGAAAAACACUACUUGUAUUACAGCGAUAAUAUAUUGUGGUCUGUUUUUUCUUGUUGAUCUCUAUAUUAUGUAGUAAUAUAUUUUCACAUGCAGCUAUAGGACCGUGUAUGAGAUAUAAAAAAAGGAAACGUGUUUGUUUAUAAAGGACAUUAUGCUAUUUUGUAUGCCAAAAAAUGAAGAAUAGAUUAAACAGAAAUGAUGUGGUACCUAAA